CCAAUUGAAGAAAGUUAUGUGUAUGGUGUUCUGAACAAUCUUAAAACCAACAAAGCUGUAGGCCUAGACAAAAUCAGCGCUAGGUUACUUAAAGAUUCUUCCAGUGUUGUAACUCCCAUCCUAACCAAACUUUUCAAUCGUUCACUCACUUCCUCAACAUUUCCAUCAACCUGGAAGUCUGGCAAAGUAACAGCACUUUUUAAAUCUGGUGACAAAUCCAAUGCUAGCAAUUACAGACCAAUCACGAUACUCCCAACAAUUAGUAAAGUUCUCGAGAAAGCAGUCCACUCUCAAGUUUACCGCUACCUUAUUGACAAUAAAAUACUAACACCACGACAGUUUGGUUUCAGACCUAAACUUUCCACUGAGAUUGCGCUUGCACAUUUCACGGACACCAUUUUGGCUAAUAUGGACAAGGGUUUAGUAACAGGAGCUGUUUUUCUUGACCUGGCUAAAGCCUUUGAUACUGUCGACCAUUCUCUUUUAUUUGAAAAGCUUGCCUCAUCUGGUCUCUCCAAUGAUUCUGUCAACUGGUUCAAGUCAUACCUAAGCAAUAGAAAUCAACUUACCGCCCUGGCUAACACUGUUUCCUCCUUCAAACACGUUCCUGUCGGAGUUCCUCAAGGUAGUGUUUUGGGUCCACUACUAUUCCUUAUUUUUGUUAAUGAUUUGCCUUAUUGUAUCAACCAUUGUGAAAUAUCCUUAUACGCUGAUGACACUGUGAUAUACCUUUCUUCAAACAAUGCUUGCGAUCUUGAAAUGAAGUUAAAUUCCGAUCUAAAAUACCUAUGCAGAUGGUUUAACGACAAUCUUCUGACACUUAAUGUCUCCAAGUGUAAAUUUAUAAUUUACGGAAGUUCUCGCAAAGUUGCAAAAUUUAACAAUGUUUCCAUCACGGUUAAUGAUUCCAUACUUGAUAGAAUUGACUCCUUCAAAUACUUAGGAGUUACAAUUCAACAAAACCUAACCUGGUCAGAACAUAUCGACAACAUCAGCAAGAAGUUUAAUCAACGCCUUGGUCUCAUUCGCCGCAUAAAAUUCUUACUCCCUAUUCAAGCCAGACCUCUAUUGGACUACAGUGAUAUCGUGUGGGGAGAUAAAAACAACUCCACUCUAAUGAACCACCUUCAAGUUCUGCAACAUAACGCUGCGAGACUUAUCCUUGAUCUUCCUCGCCAUUCCUCCGCUACCGAAGCCCUUGAAACUCUAGAGUGGAAACCCCUUUAUCUACGUCGAAAAUACCACCGUUGUAUCUCCGUCUAUAAAUGUCUUAACCAUCUAGUCGACUUUGAUUUUAACCUUACCAUAAUCUCCCGUAUACAUAGCCAUAAAACACGCCAGAACAACAACUACUACCUCCCACGCCCACGUACGAAUUGGGGAAAACAGAAAUUCACUUAUCACUCGGUAUCGGAAUGGAACUCAUUACCUAUUGAACUGAAACAAUCUACUAAUCUUAAUCUCUUUAAAACCAAACUAAAACAAUUUAUCUAAUUAAGUUGAACAAUUUAUCUAAUUAAGUUGAGUUUUUUGUUUUUUGUUUUUUUUUCUAACUAUGAAGUAUAAUUAUAUUUUUCUAACUAUGAAGUAUAAUUAUAUAUAAUCCAUUUGUAAAUAUUUUAUAGUUUUUAAAUAAGCACAGUAUAGUUUACCAUGUAUAAUAUAGAUAUAUAUUGCAGGACCUCCCUGAAAAACACUUCGGUGAGUGGAGCUUCCUGAAUAAAUAUUAUUAUUAUUAUAACUGUGUCUCAAUAUCAUGCUAUUACUAUAAGGUUGCUAACAAUUUUAAAAAGUAGCGAAUAGCGAUUCGCUGUUUGAAAAGUAGUCAAUUACUUGGCUACUUUUCAGCAAAAUGUAGUUCGCUAUAACUACAGCUACUGUUUUAAAAAGUAGCCAAAAACUAUUGGCUACUUGAAAAUUGUAGUUCGCUACAGUAGCGAACUACAACUACUUCGCUACUACCCACUUUUGCUCCCUGUAGGUCCAAGCCAAUCUGGUCAUUUUGAAUGUUUUCACGGGGGUGAUGGACACUAGCGUUAGAGCAGAGGCGCCGACAAGGAGUCAAGCUGCAAUAAAUGCACAACUAAAUUAUACUAGAAUACUAAAAAAGUGGUGUAAUUUUAAGUUUGCAUUAUCGACCUGCAAAGUUCCUGUCAACCUGCAAAAUUCCAACCUGCAAAAUCCCCAACCUGCAAAAUUCCAACCUGCAAAAUCCCCAACCUGCAAAAUUCCAACCUGCAAAAUUCGCAACCUGCAAAAUUCCAACCUGCAACCUGCGUUUUGUACCUGCCGAUCACCGCGGUGCUUGGAAUAUUUUGUUGAUAUUUUUAACCCAAAUGGUGGAAAAGGAAUUGGAAAGUUCUUAACAUGUUAUUCAGAUGUCACAGGUAAGAAUACUUUUAUAUUUGACUUAUUAUUUAAGCACUUUAAUUGCAAAAUAAUGUGGUGAAUAUGAUUGUUAAUUUGAGCCAUGUGGGCCAUGUGUCUUAAAAUUCCGUUGAAUGUUUGAAUUUGCCACGUUCAAUUUGCAUAUAAAACAUACAAAAUGUUGGUUUCUGGCAGGAAAGAAAGAAUAAAAUAUAAAUUCAAACCUAUUAUUGUGAACUCUAUACUAAAUUUCACACUAUUAUUAACAAUUUAGCAAUAUUUUCUUUGGCAUAAUUUGGCACUUUGCUUAAGAGUUAAGACUAUAUAUAUAUUGACAAGCUGGGUAAUAAUUAUAUAUUAAACAUCCGAAUGCUUUUAAAGUUAUGUUUGCAUUUUAGUACUUCAAUAAGGAUUGGAAUCAGAGAGGAACGACAGCAUUUAAUGUGAUAUUUUUAGUGUAUCGAUAAUCGAUCUUUAAUGUGCUUAAGUGUCCUCUACUGCAUUGCAUUACUCUGUCUAAAUUGCAAGAUGAUUUUACUUGUCAAGGGGAGAGUCUUUUAAUAGUGGGUCUAUAAAGAGCUUCACUUGUAUAAAGUGAUGUUUGCAAUGAUAGUGCUGAGACAGUGCCUCAAAUGUUGUCUUUGUAUAUUUCUAGAUUCAGUGCUUGUGAGUAGCCCUGGCUCCAAAUAUUGUUCUCAACAAUCAGCAAAUAUAACCAGAUUCACUAACAAUAGUCAAAUAGUUUAUUUAAUAUGUGCUUUAUCACUUUAUAUAUUAAUCAUUAAAAUAUCUGUGCCACGGCAUUGAUAGUUUUGGAUGGCCUAUAUUUUUCCGGAUGCCAGUAACCCAUCCAGCAUAUCCCUACUCUCUGCCCACGGCCAUGUAUCUGCUUAACAUACUAUACACAGGGUCUGAAAUUUGAUUUUUUUUAAGUAUCCACAUGGAUACCAAGGUUUUAAAAUUUGGUAUCCCUCCCGAUAAUCCAGUAUUCCAAAUCUGGAUAUGGCUUUUUGUAUCCCAGGGCCAAACCCAACGUCACUCUAAGGCUUACUCUUAGUCAAGCAUUUCCAUGA